AUGUUUAACGGGGAGCCAGGUCCAGCCUCGGCUGGAGCCUCCAGGAAUGUGGUGCGGAGCUCCAGUAUCAGUGGCGAAAUCUGUGGAUCCCAGCAACCUGGGGGUGGGACCGGGACCACCACUGCCAAGAAGCGGCGGAGCAGCCUGGGUGCCAAGAUGGUGGCCAUCGUGGGCCUGACCCAGUGGAGCAAGAGCACACUCCAGCUUCCCCAGCCAGAAGGGGCCACCAAGAAGCUGCGCAGCAACAUCCGACGGAGCACAGAGACUGGCAUUGCUGUGGAGAUGCGAAGUCGUGUCACACGCCAGGGCAGCCGGGAGUCCACUGAUGGGAGCACCAACAGCAACAGCUCCGAUGGCACGUUCAUCUUCCCCACCACCCGGCUGGGAGCUGAAAGCCAAUUCAGUGACUUCCUGGAUGGGCUGGGACCAGCCCAAAUUGUGGGGCGACAGACGCUGGCAACACCCCCCAUGGGAGAUGUGCACAUUGCCAUCAUGGACCGGGGUGGCCAGCUGGAAGUGGAAGUGAUUGAAGCUCGGGGCCUGACCCCCAAACCAGGCUCCAAAUCUCUCCCAGCUACCUAUAUCAAGGCUUAUCUGCUUGAGAAUGGGGCCUGCUUGGCCAAGAAGAAGACAAAAGUGGCUAAGAAGACCUGUGAUCCCCUGUACCAGCAGGCUCUGCUUUUUGAUGAGGGGCCCCAGGGCAAGGUGCUGCAGGUGAUCGUCUGGGGAGACUAUGGCCGCAUGGACCACAAGUGCUUCAUGGGUAUGGCCCAGAUCAUGCUGGAUGAACUGGACCUGAGCGCUGCGGUUACSGGCUGGUACAAACUCUUCCCCACCUCCUCCGUGGCAGACUCCACGCUCGGAUCCCUCACCAGGCGCCUGUCCCAGUCCUCCUUGGAGAGUGCCACCAGCCCUUCCUGCUCCUAAGAACCUUGCUCAGGACCAGAGGCCGGGUGGUGGUGUGAGAAGGGGGCCUGCUGGCCUCUACCUCCCCUGUACAUAGUC